AUUAAGGUAAUGUGACAGUGUCCAAUUAACUUUGUCAUAAAGUAUACUGGGCAGGUCUUUUGGUAUUGGAAGCAUCAUAAAGUGAUUUCCACUAAAGCAUUUUUUUACAUAAUCAUUUGUUAUUUCACAUCUGUAGCCUUGUAAGAAUCUGUAAUGAAUUUGACAUUGUCACCUUUAGCAGAGAGCUUCAACUGAUAAGACUCUUCUCCCAGAUGACACUACAGGUUUAGGUGGCCAAUAUCUGUCAACAGUAAAAUAAUGUUUUUACAACACACCUUCAGACAAGACGUUGUCUGGACCCUUAGUGACAAAACCCAAUGUUUUAAAAGUGUGUAUGUAAGGCCGAGAUUCAACCACAGCAUUUUCUAGAGCAGCGCACUACACGGCUCUAACACCUGGGAUGGAAUCCUGUCUUUAAAAAAUACUGGGAAAUCAUGUGGCAUGUAUUUUUUUUACAUAACCAGAAGUAGACUCUUGUCAAUGAGUUGAGCCACUUAGCUCCUAAAUAUAUUCAGCUGACUAAUUAAUAACUAUCAGGAAAGAGUGUUUGGUAUUUUCUUAGCUGAAAAGGGAUUAAACUAAGGUGACAUGUGUAUCGGAUGACUAACACAAUUUUAUAACUUUUAUGGUUAAUGCAUGCCUGCAUUUUAACUAAUAACAUCGUGGUUCUGUUACAAGCCGUUAGUUGGUUUACCUGCAUUUCAGUGGAGAAGGUAAAAACACUUAGAUUCGAGGCAAGUAGACUUUUUAGAUUUUGGGGGUACUAAAUGUCACAUACCAGAGCAAUCGUUGAGUAAAAACAGGAAUAAGUCACUAAGCUGGAAGGAGUGUUCCUUACCAGCUGCACGGGGUGAGUGAGUUUCCUUUUCAAAUAGAUGUGGUUGAGACGUGUGUUUGUGUCGGCCAUUCUGGAUUUGCCUCAAUUCAACAUUGGAACACAUUGCUUUUUUUCUUUACGCAAAGUACAUUUCUGUGAAUAACAGGCAAAGUAUAAAUAUAAUCUGUGUUCAUUUCAUUGUAUUUUAUGCUGCCCUAACUCUUAUUUCUAUCUCAUUCUAGAAUCCACUUCCGAGCACACCAGUGUUCAGUACCCAGAUUCACAAUGUCACUUUUCAUCCAUAUAUUGGCCUGCCUGUUUGGCAUGGGCUCCUGGGUGUCUAUCAACGGACUAUGGGUAGAGCUGCCUCUCAUCGUGCCCCAGAUCCCCGAGGGUUGGUACCUGCCAUCCUACCUAUCCGUCCUCAUCCAGAUGGCCAACGUGGGGCCCCUGUUCAUCACCCUCAUGCACCGCUUCCGCCCCGGGGCGCUCAACGAGACAGUGGUCAUCUAUGUGAUCAUCUCCCUGGGCGUGGUGGCCAGCUUUCUCCUGGCCUUCUUCUGGAAGGAGACGCUGGUGGUGGCGGGCGUCCCUCGCAGCGUGGCCCUCCUCCUCCUUACCUUCUUCCUCUCCACUGUGGACUGCAGCUCCUCUGUCACCUUCCUUCCCUUUAUGAUGCGUCUGAAGCCCCAGUACCUCACCACCUACUUUGUGGGGGAGGGUGUCAGUGGCCUGCUACCCGCCCUGGUAGCCCUGAUCCAGGGGGUGGGGGUGGUCCACUGUAACAACUGCACUCGGAUGAUAAAUGACACUGGCUCAGUCAGUCUUAGCUACGAACUUCAGGCUCACUACCAGCCGGCCAACUUCUCAGCUGGGGUGUUCUUCUUCUUCCUCGGUGCCAUGAUGUUGGUGUGCCUGGGAGCCUUCAUCCUUCUGAACUACCACCCUGCCGUGGCCCGGGAACGCCCAAAUGCCCGCUACCCUAACGGGGUGCUGGAGAAAGGCGAGGCAGCUCAGAUGAACCCGACAGAGCAGAAGGCCAUGAUCAAACAGUCUGGUAUCAAGCCCAAAAGCUGCUUUGGGACCGGGACGUACAGCUGGAUACAGGUGCUGUACAUGUUCUUCAUCCUGGCCUGGGUCAAUGGACUGACUAACGUUGUGCUUCCCUCAGUGCAGUCCUACUCUUGUCUGCCCUAUGGAAACAGUGCCUACCACUUAUCGGCCACCAUGGCUGCGGUGUCCAACCCUCUGGCCUGCUUUAUUGCCAUGUUUUUCCCAAGCAGGUCCUUAUUGCUGUUGGGGGCUCUCACGUUGUUUGGCAGUGGGGUUGGAGCCUACAUUAUAGGCAUGGCAGUGCUGAGUCCAUGCCCUCUGCUGGUCAAUGAAACCUCAGGAACCUUCCUCAUUGUGGGCUCCUGGAUCUUCUUCAUCCUCACUUUGUCCUAUGUUAAGGUGAUCAUUGGAGUUAUCCUCCGUGAUGAGGGCCACAGUGCCCUCGUGUGGUGUGGAGCAAUGGUGCAGUUGGGGUCCUUCAUGGGUGCAGUCACCAUGUUUCCCUUGGUCAGUGUGUAUAGUUUAUUUUUAUCAGGAGACCCAUGUAAUACAAAGUGCCCUUAAAUUAUGCUAAACAACGAUGAUCCAAGCAUAUUCUGAGAAACAUAUUUGAUUAAUUAUUCCGAAGCAUGUGUACUUCAUUAGGAAAAUGCAAUUGAACAACUAACUAGUGAGGUGAACAGAAUUCAACCAACUCGUCAUAGUGAAGUAAGGUAUACCCUAUAUAAGGUUCAGGGUGAUUUACCAUUUGGACAACACCCUCCAAGUAUCUUGUCAUGUGACAUUGGUGCUAUUGAUAAGCUACCGUCAGAGCCUCUUUUCACUUUACACUAGCAGCUUGUGGAUAGUAAAAUUAGGGACUUUUGUCAGUGCAUGCAAAUAAUACCAGGCAGCAAAUAAGCACCUUUAGAGAGUAGCACAUACCAGGUAGAUAGAAAGAACAUUCAGCUCUCCGGAAGAUAAAAGCCUAGUGUUUUUGCAGCAGACGCCAUUGAAUAAAUGGACUUGUGAUUAGCUAUGUCAACUAUUAUAGUUGCCCUAAUCUAAUGUUGACAAAUCAAUGUCUGACAGUCUUGAAUGGGCCAUUCUCACAGUGGAUAAUCUUUCACAGGAAUUCAGUGAUUUAUGUAGCAAUCUUAACAUUUGGUCAUUUAUUUACUCAUUUGGUCAUUUGUUUACUCGGCUCCCGAGUGGCACAGCGGUCUAAGGCACUGCAUCUCAGUGCAAGAGGCAUCACUACAGCCCCUGGUUCGAAUCCAGGCUGUAUCACAUCCGGCCGUGAUUGGGAGUCCCAUAGGGCAGCGCACAAUUAGCCCAGCUUCGUCCGGGGUAGGCCAUCAUUUGUUCUUAACUGACUUGCCUAGUUAAAUAAAUGUUACAUUUGUAAAAAGUUGUAAUAAAAAAAAAAUUGCACAAACGUUUUCACUCUGGGCCCCCCGCAUCGGGGAAUAUCCCACGUCCCCCCCCUGGCGCAGUUUAUUCCUGCUAUUCCACACAUUUUAGCAAAUUUUCUUGCAAUUCUUUACAUUUUGCCAUGUCUAAAGUGUAUUCAUGUGAUAUUUGAGUGACUCAAAAAUUACUAUCCAUUGGCUAAAAAAAACACGGAAAAAAUAAAAGUUAGCUGACAAAAAAAAUUUUUUGGGGGGGGGGCACCCGAACUGCUGAUUUAGCAGACGCUCUUAUCCAGAGCGACUUAGUCAGUGCAUUUAACUUUAAGGUAGUUCGGUAAGACACAUCACAGUCGUUGUAAGAAAAACUUUCCUAAAUAAAGCAGCCAUCAGUGCUAGUUAGAAAGACACGGGUGUUAGUUUAGUUUUUCUGACUAAACAUCAGGCCUGGUUGUAUGAUUCAGAUAAUGAUUUUCAACCGGAUUCAUUUAGAAAUCACAUGUUUAUUCUUAUACUGUACAAGUCAUUUAAGUAUAUUGACAAAACAAAAACAAAAAAAUGUAUUGUCACAUACACCUGAUAGGUGCAGUGUAAUGUGGUGUUUUACAGGGUCGGUAACCAUUGAGCAAAUUAGAGUUAAGUGCCUUAGCCAAGGGCUCAUCAACAGAUUUCUCACAUUGUUAGCUUGAGUAUUCAAACCAGCGACCUUUUGGUUAUUGGCGCAAUGCUCUAACCACCUACCGCCCUGUAUUGUAGUAUACUGUAAACCUAUUACAGUUAAUUCAUAUAUUGCAGUGUUCAGAACGGAUUUGACAGGUGGUAGCAACAAGCUGUACAUAUUCAAGAACAGUCAACUAAAAUGUGUAGCGUAUGCAGAACCAUAAAAGGCCACAAAGUUCAUUAUUCAGAAAGAGAACAACAUUCUAGCUAUAUUCUAGAUCGCAAUCAAAAGUACCCUGAAUACCGCCUUUUCUCUAUUCAACUUGUUUUGAACAGGCAAACAGUUUUGCUUGAGUAAACAGGUCAAAUAGUAUAUGCAAUUCAAUGAAUUUUACAUGUUAUAGCAAGGUACUAAACAUAUUCAAGUGUAGUCAACUAAACUGUUACGGUGCCAUAAAAUGUCACGAAGUCCAAUAUUCUAAAAGAAAAACCAUCUCGGUUCUUGAUAUUUUCUAGUUAACAUCAAAAGGCUAUUGCCACCUAUACUAUUAAACGUUUUACUUUGAAACAGGCAUACCGUAUUCCUUGAGUACACAGGUACCGUAUCGGAUGUACUAGCCUGGCAGCAGAUAGCAUGAGCACACGCGUAGGAACAACUAAACUGUUUUAAAAGCCUUUUCUGUAUAAUUUUACUUUAAGGCCAGUAAAAUAGUUGUAGGGUUGUAACACAGGUGCAACCAUAUUAGUUAUGUGGACAGUUCUAUGGGCACACUUUUUGGUUGGGAGCAUCUCAUCUUUCCCUGGCCCUGAUUUCGUUACAGCAAAUAUAAUACUCAUGUUGCACUACCACAUCACUAUAACAAGGAAAUUCACAAUCCCACAUACAGUCCAUCCAUUCUCAUCAAUUUCUAAGAAACUCUUUGCCAGAGCAGUUGGCUAUACUGUAACCCACACUGCCACAUUGCACACCUCUGUAAACCUGUACAUUUUCAGCGAUGGGUAGGUUGUGGGGCAUGUCACUGCCACAGCGCUCCAUGCAGAUGAAACACAAAUUCAUUGGUCCCCCUAUAAGCAAAUAGGUAAAAACAUAAAUGCCCUAGUUCUAAAUGAGUGGAAGAGGAAGUCUAUGAAAGACAGUGUUGCAUCGCGAGGAAGAUGGCGAGAUUUAAAUUGAGGAUGUCCAAUGUUCUCUUUGCUGUAAUGGAGAUCCACAGAUGAUUUGUGAUCACUGGAACUCCAACAAUAUCAACGGUUGGAAAAGGGCUCCAUAGGCAACCUGGGUGUGGCAUUUUCCUGUGCUGAUAAUUGUCAAAUGAUUGUCAUUUGUCAGAUUAUCAAAUUGCUGGGCUACGAACUCCAUGUCUUCAGGUUAUGUUAGAAGUCUUGACAGAAUAGGUCAGUCAUCUGUCACUUUCAUUCUGUAGCUUAACAGACUUUCUGUUCAGGUGAAUAAAAUACCCUGAUAACAUUAAAGGGGAAAUCUGCAGUUCAACUGAGAGGUUCAACCCACCACUGUUUUUGGUAAAUAGCUGAGGGAUGGAGUUGGAGAAAUAUAACCACUCUCAAAUGUAUAGUCAGAGCUACAGGGAUAAUCAAGCUUAUAUUUUGGGUUCUGAUAGGGAACGAGAGUUUGAGUUAUAUUCUUUAAGAAUCAUUGGGUAUAUAACAUAUUUUAAAGUCCAAAAAUGUAUGUACCAAUCACUGAUUUUUCUGCAUACGCUCAUUUCUUAAAAUAUCAGAAAAUGUGAUUUACACACCAGUGUGUUUAAGAAAAAAAGUUUUAGCUUCCAAAAAUAAAGGUAUUAUAAGCAAUUGUACAUUACUUUGUAUAAUAAAAAUACUAGUUUUUUAAUUUGUUACAUUCACUGCUAAAAUGGACUAAAUUUGACUACAAAGAUGUGGUCCUCAAGCUUUUGACUGUGAUUUGGUGGUCCUCGGAACAGAGAAGGUUGGUAAC